AUGGGUUCUACGUCACAGCACGAAGAGUACCAGUACCUCAACCUGGUCCGCGAGAUCCUGGACCAGGGUGAGCGAAGACCCGAUCGCACAGGAACAGGAACCCUGUCAAUCUUCGCCCCUCCAAGCUUCAAGUUCAAGCUCAACGAUAACGGCCGGCCGAUCCUCCCCCUCCUCACCACGAAGCGCGUCUUCCUCCGCGCCGUCGUCGCCGAGCUCCUCUGGUUCAUCGAGGGCAACACCUCGUCCAAGGCCCUCAGCGACGUCGGCGUCAAGAUCUGGGACGGCAACGGCUCCCGCGAGUUCCUCGACAGCGUCGGCCUGGCGCACCGCGACGUCGGCGACCUGGGCCCCGUCUACGGCUUCCAGUGGCGGCACUUUGGCGCCGAGUACGUCGACGCCAACACCGACUACGCCGGCAAGGGCGUCGACCAGCUGGCCGAGAUCGUCCACAAGCUGCGCACCAACCCGUAUGACAGGCGGAUGAUACUCAGCGCGUGGAACCCGCGCGACUUCAACAAGAUGGCCCUCCCGCCCUGCCACAUGUUCGCCCAGUUCUACGUCUCGUACCCGGGCCGCGGCCGCGGCGUCGACGCCCCGGAGCCCUCGGAGGAGAACAAGCCAAAGGGUCACCUCCACUGCCAGCUCUACCAGCGGUCCUGCGACAUGGGGCUCGGCAUCCCCUUCAACAUUGCGAGCUACGCGCUGCUCACGCACAUGCUCGCCCACGUGUGCGAUCUGGUGCCGGGGAGCCUCACCCACGUCAUGGGAGACGCGCACGUCUACAUCGACCACAUCGAGGCCCUGCAGACACAGCUCGAGCGCGAGCCGCGGCCGUUCCCCGAGCUGGAGAUUGCGCGGGAAAAGGGCGGCAGCAUCGAUGGCUGGAAGGUCGAGGACUUUGUCGUCAAGGGAUACGACCCCCACAAGUCGAUUCCCAUGAACAUGUCCGUCUAA